AUGUUUCAAGAUUUUCAUGAAAUUCAUCCCGUGAUGAAAUCGGAUGCUUGCAAAAAGAUCUUCUUUCAUCCAAACAGCAUGGAAAAUUUGGAUGAUUCAACAAUAUUGAAUGCUUUUAAAGAAUUUAAUUUUCCAGUCUUUCAACACUUGGAUAUAAAGAACGUUGAAAAUCCUCCAACAAGUUUGGCUCAGCCAUUAAUCUUAAUGCAGUCCUACAUGCUGUUUGAAAGAUACAACAAGAUGAAAAACGAAAAGAAUCUUCAUCAGGAAGAACAAACUCUAUGUAUGUUGGGCCAUUCACUGGGAGAGUUCACUGCAAUGACUGCCGCGCAAGGCCUCACAAUAGAGGAGGCUACAAGGCUUGUCCACGAAAGAGGUUUAUCCAUGGAAAGAAAUAUUACCAAGGAACAAGAGAAGGAAAUGGCAAUGAAAGCCAUUAUUAAUGUGCCAGAACAACUCAUGAAGGACAUUGAGAAUUAUUUGCAGUAUGGUGCAACUGGCUCUGAAGCACUUGCUCUGUGUUGUGAUAUGGCAAAUAUUAAUACUCCUCAACAAGUGGUCCUGAGUGGUAGAGUGGCUGAUAUUGACAAACAAAUACAAGUAUGGCAAGAAAAUUACAAAUGUAAAUUGAGAACGGUGCCACUUAAUGUGCAUCUACCAUUUCAUUCGAAAUAUUUAAAGCCUGUAGCGAAUGACCUAAAGCUGGCUUAUGAGCAAAUCAAUUUGAAAAACAGAGAACUUGCAUGUCCAAUAGUAUGCAAUCUCAAUGCCAAGUUCGUCCAAAACUUGGGAGAAAUGGUGUUGAGUUCAAUCGAUCAAGUGUACAGCCCUGUUCUUUGGAACAUGUCCAUUCAAAACAUUGUUAAACAUGUGACGACCAAUCACAAAGGAACGACAAAGCUUAAAUUUAUAGAGUUUGGUCCCCAGAAAAAGCUCGAGCCCAUGAUAAGCAAGUGUUAUGCAUCAAUGGCAAGUGUUGGAAAUGUAGCCAUUGAAGGAGUAGCUAUUACUAGUGUGAAUGAUAUUGAAAAGUACUUGUUUUAG